GGAUCGGCGUCGAUUGGGGUUUGAACCCCAGAGGAUGAUUUAGUGGCGCAGAUAUGGCGAGCAAAAGCCCCCAUUUGGAUCCGAACGUUGCGCGCUCCAUGCCGGCCGCGCAAGUGUCGAUGGCGGCCGGUGCGCAAGAUGGCAAAAGCAAGAGGGGGAACUCCGGCUUGAGACGCCCGGAAAAGCCUCCGUACUCCUACAUCGCCCUCAUCGUCAUGGCCAUCCAGAGCUCGCCGAGCAAGAGACUCACGCUGAGUGAGAUCUACCAGUUCCUGCAGGCGCGCUUCACCUUCUUCCGGGGGUCUUACCAGGGAUGGAAGAACUCCGUCAGACACAACCUGUCCCUCAACGAGUGUUUCAUCAAACUCCCCAAGGGCCUCGGCAGACCCGGCAAGGGCCACUACUGGACCAUCGACCCGGGCAGCGAGUUCAUGUUCGAGGAGGGAUCCUUUCGACGCAGACCCCGCGGCUUCCGCAGGAAAUGCCAGACGCUGAAGCCCAUGUACCGGAUGAUGAACGGCAUCGGGUUUGGGGCCAACUUCGACUUCCAGGCGGCGUCGGGGGCCCCGUUAGUGUGUCAUAACGGCUACAACCUGGACUUUAACGCGGGGGGCUUCGAAGGGCAUCACGUCGCGUCCCCUGCGGGCUCCAGCUCCUCGUACAUGGCUGCGUGCCAGGUGGCCCCUGGCGCGGACUAUUGCGGCCCGGACAGCGGGGGCAGCUCCUUGCAGUCCUCCCCGGCCAUGGUGGGGCCUCUGGACUGUCAGAGCCCGUAUGGCACCGCGGCCUCGCACUGGAGCUCACCUGCCGUGCCUGCAGCCUACAUCAAGCAGCAGACUCUGGCAUCGAACAGCAGCACCGGCGCGCACGCCGCUUUGCACACGCACGGGAUGGCGUCUUAUUCGCUGGAUCAAAGCUACCUGCACCACACCGGGCGAGAUUCUAGCGACAUGCCAGCUGGAUUGUCUCGGUACCCCAGCCACUCCUCCCCAGUGUGCGACAGGAAGGAUUUCGUUCUCAGCCUGAAUGGGAUGUCCUCUCUGCACUCCGGCUCUGGUGGCGCUUAUUAUCAUCAUCACCACCAUCAUCAUCAGCUGCACCACCACCAGAGUGCCUAUCAGGACGUCAAGCCUUGCGUCAUUUAACCAAUCCGUGAAUUGUCUAUUCAUUCUCUAUCACGUCGUGACGUCAUGAACUCAGUAGACUUAUACCGACCGACUGAUUGCACACAUUCUAAGGACGUCUCCAGGAACACCCGCAUACAUUUAUGUUAACCUAUGCACUUAUUAUUGUGGAGAACUAUCAUUAAAGGGAAGUAUUAUUUCUGAACUGAUUAGUGUCAUAAUUUGUAUAUAUAUUUUUUGAAUUAAAUAUACUGUUACUUGCACUAGCUACAUUUUAAACCAAUCAUUAUUAUUAUUAUUAUUGUUUGUGCUAGUAUUGUGGCUCCUAAUUAUCUUGUUAAAACUCAAACUGCAUGUCCACAAUCUCUUCCCAAUAUCAGGAUGAUUAAUGGUAUAUUUUUGUUUUAGUUCAGAGUUAUUGCCAACAUAUUUUGGUUGAAAAGCAGCAAUUUUUUCUACAUUUUGAAUGUUACUUUUUUUCCCCACUGCAUGGCCCGUACCUCUUUUCUGAUCCUCUGUCGCUAUCUAGUGGACUGUAAAAGGCAAAGAAGGUUAUUUUCAUGUUUGGAUAUCCAGUAUGAAGUUGAUAUUUUCCAUAUGAGUCAUCCACAAACUACAAUUCCCUCUCACUGUAAUUUCCUACUUCCCUUCUGAAAUACAGACUCCAUUGCCUUAUCAAGGGAAAUUGUAUUAUAUAAAUAAACUGGACAGCUUCCCCUGAGUAGACUUAGACUUCCUUUAUUGUCAUUCAAAUUUGAACUUUACAGUACAGAUAAGAAGGACACUUCCUUGCAUUAGCUAUAGUGCAGGAUAAAAGAGCAAUAAGGUGCAGAGUGUUUGCAUUGACAAAAGAAGGUGCAGAUAUAAAUAGAUUACUAAAUAUAUUGCACUUUUGCAUAUGCGUCCACGUUUAUGGAUGUAUGUUUUAUUGUCUUUAUAGUCCAGCGAGUUCAUCUGUUUUUUGGGGAAAUUGAGGGGAUUAUUGUGAUGCGUUGAAGAAUCUUAUGGCCUGAGGGAAGAACGUGGAGGUAGUAACCUCCAAAUCAGUGUUAAUUUACCUUAAUUUUGAGAUAAUGAGUACGCACUCUGUUGUUUUCCUAUUUAAUGGCCAGUACUGUAACAGUACUAUCUUUUAAUACGUGUCUUUUUAGAAAUAACAAAAGGUACCACCAGCUAGUAAGUCCUUUCCUUGCCUUAAUUUUUGUUGAAAAUGUUCAGUAAACUUUAGUAUUUACACUUAUUUCUGUAAUCAACAGCUCACUGGAAUCAGGUCUUAUUCCCUAUUUGAAACAGACUAAAACACAUCAACACAUAUAUGCAUCUCAAAGUUUUAAUUGAUUGCAAAAGUUUUUCAAAACAAACUCAAUUCCAGUCUGGUUUUCAUCAGCAUUUUUACAGAGCCCUUCCAUUUAAUGCUUCAUGUUCUUAUACAGACGGCUUGAAAAAAGGUGCAGGUGACUUAAUUUAUUUUGGAUGCUUUCCACCACCUUCUCUUGUGGAGUGCCCCAGAGUUCUGUUUUAGAGCCACUCUUUUUGCACUUCAUUUUGGGAUGAUUAGGUCACUUCGAUGCUGCAUCUUAAAUAUAUAUGCAAAUGACAUUCUACUAUAUUUGUAUUAUAAACCUAAAAAAAAAAACAGGACACGAGAAUGUUGGCAAUUACAAGAACUGCAUGGUCAGCAACUUUCCUGGCAAAGACUCCCUUUGCCUUAUGAAGGGAAAUUAUAUAAUAUAAAUAAACUGGACAGCUUCCCCUGAGUAACCUCCAAAUCAGCGUUAAUCGGCCUUCAUUUUGAGAUAA